CCUAAUGCGUUUCAAGUUAGCUACCAGAAAAAAAAGAAACAAAAUAAACAGAAAUACUACAGUUGUUUACAAAAUUAUUGUAAUUUCAACAAAAAUUUUAAUUCAUAUAUGAAAUAUUUGUUACUUACAUAGUAAACGAGUAUUUCUAGCAUAAAAGUGAAACAUUUUCUAAAAUAAUGCGCUAUCAACAAAGGGAGAAUAUUGAUUUGGGGUAAAACGUAAAAUUAUGCAAGUUGCAAAUAGGACUGUACCUCAGCUAAUUACGACCAGUUAUUGCAACGUUGUCCUGAAAAAGAAUAUUAAUUGUAUUUUUGAAAUUGUUGAAAAAUUAAAAUGAGUGAAACCAAAGUGAUGAUGAUUAACGAUAUAUCAACUAAAAAAGAAUCUCACAAUAAUAAAAUGAAUAACAACAAUCAAAAUGUAUCUCAAAAACAUUCCGGCCCAUUUUAUAUUUCGCCUUCUCUAUUCGACAACAAACGUUUGCGACAAAAACGUCUCCGUUGGGCGAAAGCUUUACUGGCAGCGGCAGGCUUUAAGCAGCAUCAACUAAUGCAACGGAAAAAGACUGAACGCCGCAAAAAGGUUUUAUGUGAUCUACGUGCAAGCGUUACUAUUGAUUUAUUAUCAGAAGAUGAAGAAAAGUCAUCGUUCCAAAUCAACGGAGAUGUUCAAUAUAACAAAACUAUAGCAGAUACAAAGCAGUCAAUGCCAUUUCCCGAUGGACCACCACCACUAGCUCCGAUAUCCAACAUGUAUUCAACCAACAAAUUGCAUCUAUCACAAGUGUACAAUUGUUCUAACCAAACUAUAGAACUGUCGAAGGUGCCGAAUAUAACGCUUGUACCUGUACAAAAUUUGACAAGCACACCUAUAUCACAAGCACCAGUUGCAUCGGUGGCACCUAUGCCACGUCGCGUGAAACGAAAACGUAAAUCUCAACAACCGCAACGUCAUAAACAACCAAUUGUAGUAAAUAACGAAAGUAUAGUGUUAAGUGAUGACAGUGAUAAUGAUAUAUGUUUAGUUGAAUCGCCACCAAAAAAUAUUUCCAAUACUACACAUUCUCCAACAUACACAUCCGUGGCGGCAGUGUCGCCUAUAACAACACCAAUUAUCGCCAACAGUUUUUCACUUGCUGAAACAACGCCUUCUUCAUCUUCAAAACCUACCACUUCCCCUGCAUUACAAACACCAUACAGCGCGCAGGUUGAGGAAGAAGUAACCGUCUCGAUCGUACCACGCUCCUCUACAGCGGGAAAUUGUCUCAAAUCUAGUGCCAGCGAAUUAUUCCCCAUGUUACCCGAUGAAACAACGGUGCAUACAGUUAUCGCAAAUCGUACUUAUGAGUUGUCAUUAGCAAAACUACGCGAAGGGCUGGCUUCCUGCGGCGUAUCAGAGUUUGCAAAUGGUCAACAGAAUACGGCGUCGACACGGCGUAAAGGUCAAUUGGUGGAUACACCACCAAUGGUUUCGCCAAAUCCGCCACCCAUAUCUUUGAAACUAUCUAGCGACUUGAGCAUAUCAUUGAUCUCAGAUGAUGACGAAGACACUGCUGAGCAACAACGUUUAGCGGCAGAAAGUCUAUUACAGAAACAACCCCAAUUAGUGGUGCAGCACCUGCAAUUGCCUGCCGUCGGUCCAUUGCCAGCCGGCGCAAAUCUAUCGUUAGCUAACUCAAGAUUGCCGUCACGUCGACAGAAGCUGAGUUAAAUUUUUCGAUAUGAAAUAGAAGUGUCAUGCGAAAAUUUUUAUAAUCGGUUUUUCAUUAUGGAAAUCUAAGCACUUUACUAAUUUCAUACUUUCAACAGGCAGACUUUGGCAAUGUUAAAUUGUAUUAUCUACUACGGGUUUUUGAUUUUUCAAAACCAAUUGUAUUUUAAUUACUAAAUUUUUAUUUGUUUUAAGUUUAGUUUCUUAGUUGAAGCCAUAAUAGCAUUAUUACUGUAAGUCAGAAUAUCACAUACACGCUUCCGAAUAUCUUUCGCAACUAUGAACGCUUUCCUAAAUUGCCGUAUCUUCAUUUAUCAUUUUUGAAUAUUAGAUUUCUAUUAUCGCGCUACGAAGUCUUAGAGUAGGUUUAAUGUACAAAGUAUUCAAGUUUUUGUAAAUUGAUACAAAAUGCUUAUAUAAAAUUCAUAAUUACUUGUUUAUCCUUAAGACCAACACUUGUAUAUAUAUAUAUAUAUAUAUAUUUUCUGAAUAAAACAAACAUAAUUGCAUAGAAGUAUGUACGUAAGUGAAAAAUUA